GAGCUUCCUCUGAGCUGAGGAUGAGGAGGCUGUGUAUUGUUAUGGGACAGAGACUGGCGCUGCGGUUUUAACUAGGGACCAUUUUUGACUUUUUAAUGCAUGCAAGGACUCUUAGAGGGCUGCUUGACCUGCCUGGAGAACCUGCGAGCUGCUGACAGUCUCCACAGCUUGUUACCGUAAUCUUUGUUCUUUAAACAGACUCUGGUAAAAAUGUCGCUUACGGUAGACGAUCUCAUCAGAGGACCGAUGACGGAGUUUGAGGAGAAGCUCCGACAGCAGCAUGAAGCCUCCAUGCAUCAGGAGCUGGAGGUGCUGCUGGCCACGGCCAACAAAGCUGAAGCUGAGGUCUCCAGAAAAGACUUCAAUGGCUUCAAGAACCUCUUCCACAGAUUCCUGCAGGUCAAAGGUCCCUCAGUGGACUGGGCCAAAAUCAAGCGGCCGCCAGAGGAAUCGGUCCAGCCCUACGACAGGAUCAAAGCAAAAGGACUCCCUGAAAGCAUCACUUCCUGCCUCAACAAGCUGGUCGUGGUCAAACUGAACGGAGGCCUGGGAACCAGCAUGGGCUGCAAGGGCCCCAAAAGUCUGAUCAGCGUCCGCAAUGAGAACACCUUCCUGGACCUGACUGUGCAGCAGAUCGAGCAUCUUAACAAAACCUUUAAUGCCGACGUGCCGCUGGUUCUCAUGAACUCUUUCAACACUGAUGAGGACACCAAGAAGAUCCUGCAGAAAUACACACACCACCGGGUCAAAAUCCACACAUUCAACCAGAGCAGGUAUCCGAGAAUCAACAAGGAGUCUCUGCUGCCGAUCGCUAAGAGCAUGGGCAUGAACGGAGAGAACACAGAGGCCUGGUACCCGCCGGGACACGGAGACAUCUACGCUAGCUUCUGCAACUCCGGACUGCUGGACAAACUCCUGGCUGAGGGAAGGGAGUACAUCUUUGUGUCCAACAUCGACAACCUGGGAGCCACUGUGGAUCUCUUCAUCCUCCACCACCUGAUGAGCCAGCCGGCCGACAAACGCUGCGAGUUUGUCAUGGAGGUCACGGACAAAACCAGAGCUGACGUCAAGGGUGGAACUCUGAUCCAGUAUGAGGAUCAUCUGAGGCUGCUGGAGAUCGCUCAGGUCCCAAAAGCCCACGUGGACGAGUUCAAGUCCGUCACCAAGUUCAAGAUCUUCAACACCAACAACCUGUGGAUCUCCCUGCCGGCCAUCAAGAGGCUGCAGGAGAAAAACAGCAUGGACCUGGAGAUCAUUGUAAACCCAAAGACAUUAGACGGUGGUCUGAAUGUCAUCCAGCUGGAGACAGCAGUGGGCGCCGCCAUUAAGAGCUUUAAGAACGCCAUGGGAGUGAACGUCCCCCGUAGCCGCUUCCUGCCGGUGAAGACCUCGUCCGACCUCCUGCUGGUGAUGUCCAACCUGUACAGCCUGGACGCCGGCUCGCUCACCAUGAGCAAGAAGAGGGAGUUUCCCACAACGCCGCAUGUUAAACUGGGCAGCUCCUUCACUAAGGUUCAGGACUUUCUGACCAGGUUUGAAAAUAUCCCAGAUAUGUUGGAGUUGGAUCACCUCACUGUGUCCGGAGACGUGACCUUCGGAAAGAACGUCUCUCUGAAGGGAACCGUCAUCAUCAUCGCCAACCACGGCGACAGGAUCGACAUUCCGGCUGGAGCGAUGCUGGAGAACAAGAUCGUCUCAGGAAACCUGAGGAUCCUCGAUCACUGAGGCCUUCUGGGAGGAAAAGGAGCCCACACAACACCAUGUGCACUUUGGAGAGAUUUCUGCUGUUUCCCAGACAGGAAAUGUGAAUGUUUAGGUCAGAUUUGUUCUCCUGAUGUUCUCUGAAGACGCUGGAUCAUCAGGGAACUUGCUGUUUCUGCAAGUUCUGCUGCAAGACGUGCAACAUUUCUCCUUAAUAAAACUGUAUGAUGAUUGGAGUCUUCAGUUGUCUGUUAAACAAACUGAAGUGAGCUUUAUCUUUUAUUAAAUUUGGUUGAUUUAAUGAAAGUAGGACAGUGUUGUUUUAAAAAUUAUGUUUAUUCUAAAUAAUUGUGAUAGAAAAAUGUGUGCUCUGAUUAAAUCAACUUCUGUUUUAUAUUAGGAACUGUGGCCAAUUUGAACUGAACGGUUUGAGUUCACUUCCACCGUUGCUAAAACCACAAUCAGACGGCAAAUCUAAAACAGCGCAGAAAAUCGACGUCAUCGUUAACGUUUGCUUGCUGAUUGGCCCGGUUGAAAUUAUACCAGAGAAAUCCAGGUCAAUGGCAGAAAUAUGGAGUUAAAUUGGGGCCAUAAAGUGUGUUAAGUCUGAAACUGAGA